AUGAUUGCCCGUGCCUUCUCGCCCUCGACGAACGCCGCCCGUGCCGUGCGCGUGGCUGGCCAGCAGGUGCGCUACGCCUCGAACCUGCCGAUCCCCCCGAAGAUUGCCACGCCCAAGAGCGUCGGCAGCGGCAGCACGGGCAGCAACACCGACGCUGUGGUUGACUUUUACAAGGCUCUGCCCAAGGGUCCCGAGCCUGAGAAGCGCGUGACUGGCAUCAAGGCCAAGUACUUUGAUGGAAAGAACGCCAGCGGCAAGCCGCUCGUCGCCACCAUUGCUGCCCUGAUGCUCUUCGGCUAUGCGCUCGAGUACAACGGCCACCUGACCGUCGCGCGCCCUGCCGACGGACACGGCAGGCUGCUGCGUGGACGCGCGCUACCGCGGGCGGAACGGGCGCAGCGCUGGCGGCCGCCAAGUGGAGCGUUUCGCUGUCGCGCCAUGUUCCAGUAUACCCCGCCGCGGACCAGCGCGCUCUCGUUUACGCAGCUGGUCCUGUCGGACACGCUGCAGGCAGAGCUCAUGCAGGCGACGCAGCUGCGCGCCACGCUCGAGCAGCUGCUGCGCCAGGCGCCGCCCGUGGAGCCGCUACGCCUCGUCCAGGUACGUGCGUGGCUAUUGACGCAGGCCGUCAGCGAGUACCUGCCCUACGCGCAGGCGCUGUACGACAGUAUGCUGAGGGACGCGAUCCUCUUGCAGCAGGAGCCGACAUUUACGUGGCGCUCAAUCCUGGUGCCUGGCACACAGGUGCAAGUCUGUGGCCUCGCGGGCGAGCUGAGUGCGAUGCAUGUGCUGUAUGGGAUUGCGCUCAGCAACGAGGCUGCCGCCAUGGUCGACGCGCUGGGCGCGUACGAGGUAGACCGCAGCCUCAGCACGGCAGAGCGCCGCGCGCGCGAUGAGCGCCUCAAAGUGGCCACCGACCUGCUCAGCCGCGCGAGUGGCGUGUUGGAUCAUGCGGGGACCCAUGUGCUGCCCGCGUACGAGCGCACUGCGCCAGCGGCGCGCCCCCUUGAGCUCACCGCCAGCGGCCUGCAGGCGCUGUCCCGCACCGUGCUGGCCGACGCGCACGCGCUGGCGAUCCGCAAGCUGCAGGCGCCGGCGCUGGCGCAGGCCACCGACACACUGACGCCCGGCCCGCCGCUCCCAGCGGGCCAUCCGUCGCCGAGCCUGCUCGCCAAGCUGCACCUGCACACGUCGUCGCUGUAUGACGAGGCGCAUGCGCUCUUGAGCCAGGGAGUGCGUGCCCCUGCGGCGCCGCGAGCCAAGCUCCAGGAGACCCUGCACAAGAUGAAACUGGAUCCGAGGGCGCCGGAAGCCGCCACGAGUGGGCUGCGGUACAUGCGACGCGAGGCGCAGUGGCACCGGGCGCUGGCCUACAAGUGGCUCGGCGUGGAUGCGGGCGAGCAAGGGGGCGAUGUGGGGUGGGGCAUCGCCUACCUGCGCACGGCGCUCGAGCUGCUGCAGGCGCUCGUCCCACGGCCGGCGCUGGACGCCCUGCGUGGGGCGCGGCGCUCAGGCUCCGUGCGCUUCCGCACGACGGAGGAACGCAUGGCCCUCGAGCACGCGAGUGUCUCGCGCUGGCUGGGCGCCUACACGAAGACCAACGAUACCGUCACGUUCCACCGCGUGCCGGCGCCGCAGGAGGUGCCGCAGUACACGCCCGAGGGGCGCCCUGCGCUCUUUGCGAAGCCGUUUGAGCCGCGCGUUGCGUUCCAUGUGGAUGCCGUGUCGCCUGACGCGCGGGCUGUGCCUGGCGGCUGUGAGCCCCCACGCACGUAUGCGGGCGCCGACGCGUACUACUAG